AUGUCUAACACUGUCGCCAAAGUCGCCAAAGUUAUAAAUGUCCCGAAAGUCGCCAAACUCGCACAAGUCGCCAAAGUCACCAAUGUCACUAGAAUCGCCAAACUCGCCAAAGUCGCCAGAGCCGCCAAAGUCGCCAAUGUCGCCAAUGUCGCCAAUGUCGCCAAUGUCGCCAAAGUAGCCAAUGUCGCCGAAGUCGCCAAAGUCGUCAAAGUGUUCAAAGUAGCAAAACUCUCCAAAGUCGUCAAAGUCGCCACCGUCACCAAUCGUCAACGUCGGCAAGUCGCGAAAGUCGCAAACGUGGCCAAAAUCGCUGACAUCACCAAAGUCUUCAAUGCCACCAAAGUCGCCAAAGUCGCCAAAGUGUCCAAAGUAGCAAAAAUCGCAAAAGUCGCCAAUGUCGCCAAAAUCGCCAAAGUCGCCAAACUUGUCAGAGCCGCCAAAGUCGCCAAUGUCGCCAAAGUCGCCAAAGUCGCCAAAGUCGCCAAUGUUGCCAACGUCGUCAAUUUGCCAAACUCGCCAACGUCAUCAAGUGGUCAAAGGCUUAAAAGUCGCCAAAUCGCCACAGUGGCCAAAGUGUUCAAAGUAGCAAUAAUCGCAAAAGUCGCCAAUAUCGUCAAAAUCGCCAAAGUCAACAAUGUCGCCAAAGUCGUGCCAAAAGUCCCGAAACUUCCUAAAGUUCCGAAAUUUCUGAAAGUCCCGAAAGUCAUGAAAAUCCCGAAAGUUAUAAAAAUCUCGAAAGUCCCGAAAGUCGCCAAAAACGCCAAAGUCGCCAAAGUCGUCAUGGUGGCCAAUGUCGCUGAAGUCGCCAAAGUCGUUGAAGUAGCCAAAGUCGCCAAAAUCGUCAACGUCGCCAACGUCGCCAACGUCGUCAAGUCGCCAAAGUCAUCAAAGUCACCAAUGGCGCCGAAGUCACGCCAAAGUCGCAAAAGUCCUCAAGGUUGCCAAUGUCGCCAAAGUCACCAACUUGCCAAAGUCGCCAAAAUCGCCAACGUCGCCAAAGUCGUCAAGUCGCCAAAGUCAUCAAAGUCAUCAAAGUCUCCAAAAUCGCCAAAGUCGCCAAAGUCGCCAAAGUCUCCAAAGUCGCCAAAGUCGCCAAAGGCGCCAAAGUCACCGAUGGCGCCGAAGUCGUCAGUGUCCAAAGUAGCAAAAGGCUCCAAAGUCGCCGAACUCCCCAAAGAUGCCAAAGUCGGAAAAGUCCUCAAGGUCGCCAAUGUCGCCAAAGUCACCAACUUGCCAAAGUCGCCAACUGUCUAA